AUGAGCAGCCGGCCCGCGCUUGCUUCCUUACGCCCCGGGGAAAUACAUCAACGUCGCGGUGCCCGAUCGUUUGCUUUGUAUUUCCAAACAUCCACGCUCGUGAUACCUAUUCGAGGCGAGGCGAUAGGUGACUCUACACGUUCACUUCGCACGGAACGCACGCCUGUACGCCUUGGAACGUGUCUCUCCAAUCAGAUGUCUCUGAAGGCGAAUCCGUUUACC